AUGCUCCAGGGCUAUGCGCGGGCCGGGCCGUCGCACGCGCGAGAGGCCGUUGCGCUCUUCGCGCGCAUGCACGCGAGCACCCGGGCCACCGCGGCCGGGAACCGCUACACGUACACGUUCAUCGUCAAGGCGUGCGCCGCCGCGGGGGACGACGACGCGGGUCGCGCCGGACGGGCUGUGCACGCGCUCGCGGUCGGAGCCGGGGUCGACCUCGACGUCUUCGUGGGCAACGCGCUCGUCGCGUUCUACGCGAGGUGCGGCGACGUGGCGGCGGCGAGGAAGGUGUUCGACGGGGUCGCCGCGAAGGACGUCGUGAGCUGGAACUCGAUGGUCGCCGGGUACGCCCAGAACGGGCACUCGGACGAGGCCGUCGCGCUGCUCCGUUCCAUGCUGCGGCGCGGCGCGACCUGCCGGCCUGACCAUGUCACCUUAGUCGCCGCGCUGCCGGCCUGCGCGGCGUCGGCGGCCACACGCGAAGGCCUGUGGGCGCAUUCCUACGCCGUAAAGAAGGCCUUUCGCGUGGACGACGCGUUGGCUAGCGGGCUCAUUGCCACGUACGCCGCGUGCGGCCGGCUGGACACCGCCCGGGCCAUCUUCGACCGUGCACCGGGCCGGAACCAGGCCGUCUACAGCUCAAUGAUCCAGGCUUACGGGAGCCACGGUCAUGGCGUCGAGGCACUGAACCUGUUCCGCCUUAUGCUAGCGAAAGGCAUUGCGCCCGACGGCAUCUGCUUCGUGUCCGUGCUUUCGGCUUGCGCGCACAGCGGACUGGUCGACGACGGGCUCAGGGUCUUCGGCACGAUGGGAGACCACGGCGUGGAGAGGCGGCAGGUGCACUACGCCUGCGUGAUCGACUUGCUCGGCCGCGCCGGGCAGCUGUCCCGGGCGCUCGGGUUCGUGGAGUCCAUAUGCCGUUUGAACCGGGGAAAGACGUCUGGGGCGCGCUGCUCGCCGCCUGCCGGCUGCACGACGACAUGGAGCUCGCCGUGCGUGCGGCCGAGCACCUGCUCGUCCUCGACGCAGGGAACGCUGGCCGGUAUGGACGUAUGGUACAAAUUCUGUGACAACCCCGCCAAAUUUAGACAGUUACAAAGUUCACAGGCGGAUAUGAUCCAGCUUCAACUCUGA